CAACAAGUCCCAUGGUCCCACCAAACUUAAUAUAAAUACAGUAUACUGAAUCUAAAACUUCCUUUUUCCGUCAAUUUAGUUAAUCGGCAUGGCAGAGAUACUUUUGAAAAUUUCAAUGGUAAUUGGACCAGUAAUAGGAUAUUUUGACCAAAUAACAAAAUUUCGUAAAACAAAAUCAAGUGCAGGAUUUUCUUUAGAUACAAGUGGAAUAUUAUUAGUUAGUAGCAUUAUUCGAAUUUUCUUUUGGUUGGGAAAAAGAUUUGAUAAUGUAUUAUUCCAUCAAAGUAUAUUAAUGAUAAUAACUCAAAUAAUAGUUUUAUACGAAUGUAUAAAAUACCGUUUACCUUAUUCUUCUUUGUAUAAUCCGAAGAAAAGACAAUUUUGGAAUUGGGAUCACUUAGGACCGUAUUUAACUUUUCUUGGAAUGUUAACCGGUGGUUUGUUAAUAUCUUAUUUAAUAUUUGGUAAUCAAUACUGGUUUAUUGAGUUAUUAGGUUUUGCGUCACUUGGCAUUGAAAGUACUGUUCCUAUGCCACAAGCAAUACAAAAUUUUCAAAAUAAAUCUGUAUCAGGAUUCAGUCCAAUGAUAUUAUUAACAUGGUUUUUUGGAGAUGCAUUUAAAGCUUUUUAUUAUAUAUACACAGGAGUACCAUCUCAAUUUAUUCUUUGUGGUUUUAUACAAUUGUUAGUUGAUUCUAUUAUUGUGAUUCAAUUUGUUUCUUUUGAAAAAUAAUAAAAUAAAAUUUAAUACGACUGAUUUACAUAUAAUGUAUAUAGUUUAGGCUUAUUUUGUAAUAAUGUUUUGAGGCGUAUGGUGAUCUGCUUGUUUCAUCAUCAAAUUGAAGCGGC